GCAAGUUGUGCAGUUGGCAAAAGACUGUCGAAACGGGUUGUGUUAACCGCUAACAGCCGGGCGGUCAACGGAGCGAUCAUGAGAGUGGUGCAUGUCUAACAAAAAUAGAUUUUGUAACAUUUUUACAUAUUGUGACGUGUUAUCAGGGCAUACGAACUUCACACAACUGUUGGAAGAUUUAAAUAUUGCAGUUUCCAUUUGAAAAAAAAAAUUGUUUAGUGAAUAAAAACACUGUAAUGUUUAAAUCUUUGUUAAGCCCUCUGUUAACGCAGGCCAGCUGUCAAGAGGUGGGGGGCUGGUUAUUUAAAACGAGCUGACACAGACAAACUACAUGAAAUAUUCUUGAAAUACGCCACCGUCGAGAAGCACGGUGAAAAACACAUUACCAGCGAAGAUUUCGUCAGAAAGUACCUCGGAUUAUUCACCGAAGAUGAUUACAACAAAGAGUCGGUGCAGCUCAUCGCUGGCAUCGUGGACAUGGAUAAGGACGGAUACAUCUCGUUCUCAGAGUUCCAGGCGUUUGAAGGGCUGCUGUGCGUGCCGGACGCGCUUUACAAAACCGCCUUCCAGCUCUUCGAUACCAACGGCAAUGGUCUUGUUGCUUUUGACGAAUUCGCGGAAGUCAUGCGCAAAACAGCCUUGCACAAGAAGUUGCCCUUCAACAUGGAGAGCACCUUUGUCCGCCUAUACUUUGGCAAGGAUAAGAAACGGCUCGUAACAUAUCCUGAGUUCAGUCAGUUCUUGCACGACUUCCACGAGGAGUAUGGGGUGGAGGCGUUCAAGAAGUGUGACAAGGACGGCAGCGGGUUCAUUAGCGCCGGCGACUUUAGAGAUAUCAUGCUGAGUGUGAAGAACCAUCUGCUGACUAAGGAUUUGAAGAUGAAAGUUAUUAAUGCAUCAGGCUUUCCUCAAGGCGAGCGUAAAAUCAGUUUCCCCUACUACAUGGCUUUCAACUCGCUUCUCAACAACAUGGAGUUAAUCAAGCGAGUUUACUUGAACGCCACCAAUGGCCACCGGUCACAGGAGGUGACAAAGGAAGAGUUCCUGCAUUCAGCUCAGAUGAUGUCACAAAUCACACCAUUAGAAGUGGAUAUCUUGUUCACACUGUGUGAUAUGAUACAUCAAACGAACGGACGAAUCGUGUACAACGACUUAAACUCGAUCACUCCUGAGCAGUACUUCAAACAGGUGACGAGGCGAGUGGCGGAAAUCAAGGCAGUAUCCAGCCCCGAAGAGCGCAGCGUCCUCAUACAAAUUUUAGAAAGCACUUACAGAUUUACCCUCGGUUCCAUUGCUGGUGCGGUGGGCGCGUCAGCAGUAUACCCCAUAGAUUUAGUGAAGACUCGAAUGCAAAACCAACGCACAGGCUCCUUCAUUGGUGAAGUGGCGUACAGAAAUUCCUGGGAUUGCUUCAAAAAGGUCAUCAGACACGAGGGAGUGUUCGGCCUGUAUAGAGGAUUGGUGCCUCAACUUAUAGGAGUCGCCCCUGAGAAGGCUAUUAAAUUGACGGUAAACGACUUCGUCCGUGACAAGUUCAUGGACAAAAACGGCAACCUGUCGCUAUACGCUGAAAUUCUCGCUGGUGGUUGUGCUGGCGGUUCGCAAGUAGUAUUCACAAACCCAUUAGAGAUCGUCAAAAUCCGUCUGCAAGUGGCGGGCGAGAUCGCCAGCGGGACGAAGGUCCGCGCCUGGACUGUGGUCAAGGACCUCGGCCUGUUCGGCCUGUACAAGGGCGCCAAGGCCUGUCUGCUGCGGGACGUGCCCUUCAGCGCCAUCUACUUCCCUGCGUAUGCGCACGUUAAGGCAAAAUUCGCAGACGAGAACGGGUACAACCACCCGCUGACGUUACUCGCGGCCGGAGCCAUCGCCGGCAUCCCCGCCGCCUCGCUCGUCACCCCCGCCGACGUCAUCAAGACCAGGCUUCAGGUGGUAGCACGGUCGGGUCAGACUACGUACAACGGAGUGAUAGAUGCAACUAGGAAAAUAUACGCGGAAGAAGGUGCCAGAGCUUUCUGGAAAGGCGCUGUUGCGCGUGUGUUCCGUUCAUCGCCACAGUUCGGUGUGACGUUAGUAACUUAUGAAAUUCUCCAACGUCUCUUCUACGUGGACUUCGGUGGAUCUCGCCCAGCCGGUUCUGAGCUACACGUGGCCACCUCGAUCGAAGAGUCCGUGAAGAAGCCGCAUCACAUCGGCGGCUACCAAGUGGCCCUGCCGGUCCUCACCGGCCUUGAAACCAAGUUCGGCAUCUCGCUACCCAGGUUCUCAUUCGCCAAGCCAGCGCAGUAAACUAGAUAUACGCGUGACUAGGACCCAAGAAGUGUUGGUAAUUAUCGAUACAAGAUGUUUGCAUAUAAAAUCUGCUUAAUCGAUUUGCUGAUAUAAUCGCUAUAAAAAGGUAUUCAAGUACAAACGUCUCAUAAAAUAUCGAUAUCGACUUGACCGGCCCUAGUUGCGCCAGUGUAGGUAGCACCGCAUAUCGACAAUGAACGUCGGAUAAAUCCUCGUAUAAAUUCGCAUCGAAUUAGCACUUUUCUAUGGAUGAAUAGACGAUCGACGUCUUGUACAGUAUCAAUUAAAAAGUUGUGCUCUGGAGUGAGCUAGUUGAUAGAAUGCUAAAUUCUCGCAGAUUUGGUCAUUGGUUUUAUCUGCUAAUUUGCAGACUCGAAUCUUGAGUGCAUUAGUGGGUCAUUAAGAGAAUUGCCAUUCGAUAUAACUAAUAUUUAAUAUUAUAAUAUCGAUAAUUACUAAAUCAGCACGAAAUCGAUCAAAACUACGAGAAAAAGCAGAUUUGUGAAUUAUAAAGUAAGUGUAAAGUGACAAAUCAUGGAAAUUAUAAAAUAUCUCUAGUCGAUAAAUGAAACUAUGAACGGACCCUUGUAGAAAUAUAAUAAUGUUCGAAUGUUUUCGACGUAACACUAUUGAUUAAAUCAUGGAUAUAUAAAUGAAAAGAUAAAAAAAAAUAAAAAAAAAAACCUAGUCGGUUGGAAAGUUAACAGCAAAGAAAAGAUGUUUUUUUUUUCAAUUGAAAAUGUCACACUUGAUAAAAUUUAUAUUGAGUUAACUGGUUAUUUAUAUUUAGUACAUGAUUUAUACACUUAUGAUUUGUAGACAUUGAUAGUCAUUUUAUAUUUACUUGUUUUCCAAAUCAAAAAAUAUUAAUUGUUGAUUAUUAUUUUUUACAAGUUUUAUGAAAAUUAUUUUAAUUUCGAUGAGAAUUUAUCUUGAUAGCAAAUUAUAAUUUGUUUACAAAUUAAAUAAAGAUUUCCUACUAACAAAUCUAUAAGAUAUAAGCUAAUAGUGAUGUGAAAUUAUCGAUAGAAUCAUCGACGAAUUCUGUAACUAGUUUAAAGAGUUUUAUAAUGUAAAAUUGUACAGAUAAAAAUAUAUCAUUGAGAAAACUAAUCAGCAACAAGAAGAUUAUUAGAGAUCAAUAGUUAGGUAGAAAAUAAAUUAUAAAAAGAAAUAUAUUUAAAAAUAUGUACCUAUAUCUUUACCUCCACGCUUGGAUACGUCCAGUUUCGAAAUUAAUAGCUUGAAUAUAAAUCUCACGCACGCAAUCUUCCACAACAUAAAUAAAAACUAUAUUAUUUAACGCUGCCAUAAUAUAUGCUGGCUCCCUUAUUUAUAGACUUUUUUAUCUAGCGACGGAGCAUUGCUAUGAUAACAAGUCUGUUUCUCAGUGCUGACGGCAUGGCAGCCUUCUCAGUGCGUUGACAUAAACCGUUGUGAUUGGCUAAUAUUGAGAUACAACUUGAAUCUAGUUGGCUAUCACAAAAACAAAGCUGAACAAACAGCAAGCUGUCAGAUAAACAAAGCUGAAAAACAGACUUGUUAUCACAGCAAUGCUCCGUCCUUCGAUAAAAAACGUCUAUGAAUAAGGGAGUGAAACUAUACUACAUUUAUUGAUAAAAAUUCUAGCCCCAAUAUAAUCUAUAUUUUAAUACAGCGCUUGAUUAAAAGUAUUGAACUUGUUUAAUGAAUCAUAAACCGGCAACUUUAUAUGUCACUUUUAUUCAGUGACGUCGGAAAAUUAUGCCGUUUUUUAAAAAAGAUUCUAUAUCAUAUAUUCAGGAGCAUAUCAUACUAUGAAUAUAAAAAAAUAUUAAUAAAUCUGCAGUAGAGAUUAAUAUCAUUCAUAUGGAGCUGUGUUAAUAAGCAUGAGAUGUUUAACUGCCAAAGCAUUGUGUUUAUCUGAUGUAUGCAAUUAAAAAAGUAAUUGUCAUUUAGUUAUAAGAACUGAAAAGCAAUUAUAUUUUCGUUUUGUAGCAAUAUGCCUGUUUCGAUGCAAUAUAUUAGUUGCUCACGCAAAUUAUACAAGACAUGUGUACAAACGUAUUUAAAUUUUGAUAUAGUGUAUUAUGCCGUGUGGGUCACAAAGGACCUUUUGUACCUAUAUGCUUUUCACUACUUCAAAAUACUUUUAACGAAUUUUAAGCUCUGCACUAUAAUACACUAUUUCGAAUAUUGUACAGCAAUUAAUAGCUUGGGUCAAUUUGGACCCACACGGAGUCAAUUGAGUCACGAAAUGCGGAUUAUAAUUUUUUUUUUUGUGAUUGACACGAAAUAUUUUGUGUAUUCAUGUCCAGCGUAUGAGUGAAUUAGUGUAUUACAUUUUUGUGUAUUAUGCAGUAAAAAGGCUCGAUAAGUAUAAUCGAAUGUUAUCAGUAAAUUUUUAUGCCCGCGCAAAAAAUUAUAGGAAUUAUAAAAGACAGAGCUGUAUGCUUUUUUUUCACAAUGACAACCUUUUAAAUUGACGACACAAAAUCAAAUUUCCACAUAAAAAAAAAAUCAUAUGCCCACAAAAUAUGAUUAACUAAUUUAUUCUUUUAACUUCUGAAAAUGGCGCGCUACCUUCAUUCUCAUUCUAGAACUGCACUAUUACUAGUAUUUUAUGCCCAAACUCUUGCAUAAAGACAAAUCGUCACUGUUUUGUUUAGGGAAAUUAGUGACGUUGUUUAGUUGAUUUGUGGUUGUAAUAAAAGAACCUGAGUGAUUUUUGAACUAGUUAUGGCAUUUUUGAUGGACAAAAGAAAGAAAUCAACAGUUAGACUCAGCAUACAAUCGUAGCAUUUUAUCGAUUACAAAGAAUAUCGAUAUCAAAUCGAUGACCCGUAAAAAUGUUUCUAUCAAAAAUGCCAUUGGACUGUAACUUAUACGAAAUUUGUGAUAAAAUCUCAAAUAGAGCCAACUUGUGCACAAUCGCUUCAGUGAAGUUGUGUGACAACGCAGUGAUACAUCAAGUUGUACUAAGUAAGAGAACCGACGUGAAUAUUUAUUGAUAUUGUACAUUUUUUGUGUUAAAAAUAAAUCGAAUAAAACA